UCUCUCUCUCACGAACGAACGAGGAAAAAAAUCGCAUGAAUCGAUUUAUCAAAAGGGAAUCAAAAUCAACGAAACCAAUUGAAGUUCUGAUCGGAAAUAGCAGCAGAAGGCACUGUAGUUUCUUUUCUUUUCCUGAGACGAUCAUCAUGAGAAACUCGGUGAAGCGGGAAGCGGAAUCGACCGGAGAUCGCAGCAGGAGAAGAGAAGCCGAUGAACCGUCGUCGUCGUCGGAGAGACCUAAGAUCGUGAAAAAGGAGAAGCAGAGUAAAACCGUAACUGAUUCAGUAACACGGUCUCAAGAGCCGCCGAUUCAUGAGGGGGAAGAACAAGGGAUUGAUGAUCGUAGAGCUAUAAGAUCUCAAUACCUAGCUCUUACCCACGAGAUUAAAGAUGCUAAAGAUGAUUUGACCAAAGUUGAUUCUGACAAGUUCAACCGUAUCAUUAAUAAGGUUGAAAAUUUGCACCAGAAAGUUCAGAAGCCUAGAGAGCAAGUUGCUGACGCGGAGGCGCUUUUGGAUUUAGUGGAUAACGUGGUUUCGUCAGUGAAAUCUCAAUCUGCUCAUGGUGGUGUUUCUCCAGCUGAGUUUGUUAAUGCCUUGACCAAUGGGUUUGGGAAAACGUCUUUAAGAAUUGAUGCUGAUGAAGAAAAUAGGCAAGUGUCGAUGAAGUGGAAGGACCUUGGGUUUGCUGUCUGCUCUACGGUUUUGGUUUCAUGUGGUUGUUCUACAAUGAUAGGUCCUAUGGAUACUGAAUUGAAACAAAGGAAAAGGGCAGUGGGAAACAGAAAACGUACAAAGCCUGGUGCAGGGGUUAGGCCAGAGGAGGUUGAUAAUACUGAAAAGAAAACUGAUACAGACAAAAACAUGGCAAUAAUGUUUAACAUCUUGCGGAAAAAUAAACGUGUCAAGAUUGAAAAUUUGGUGCUCAAUAGGAAAUCAUUUGCUCAGACGGUAGAGAAUGUGUUUGCACUAUCGUUCUUGGUGAAAGAUGGACGAGUUGAGAACAAUGUUGAUCAAAAUGGUUCUCAUUUUGUUGAGCCGAGGAAUGCUCCUGCUGCGAACCAGGUGAUGUCAGGGGAGGUCGUUCACAAUCAUUAUGUACUUAGAUUUGAUUACAAAGAUUGGGAGCCAAUGAGCAAAAUGGUGGCAGUGGGAGAGGAGCUGAUGCCACACAGGGAAACAGAAGUCGUUUCAUCUACUUGUGACUUGGCAUCGAAGCUCUCACAAGAUUCUCAGACAAAGCCAAUAAGAAACCUGUCGAGGAAGCAAGGUUUCGUGAGUCAAGAAGAAACAGUUGUGGAAGAUUCUACUGACAUUGAAGGCGGCGACAAUGAAGAUAGUGAAAAUCGCCGGGAAUGCAAGCUUAGGAAGACUCACUUGUGAAGAAGGUUCGUGAAUUGACAAGUCUUUUAACUAAUCCAUUAGGGUAUAUAGCAACUUUUAACCUGUGGUUUCGAUUUGGUAGGAAGCAUCAUUUAUGUGGUUGGCAAAUAUCUUAAUGGAUUGUUUCUGAUUAGGAUUGUUACUUUGACUGAUGUUAGGAAGUUAAUUAGGGAGAGGGCCUUUGCUUUUCUACUUAGUUUAACACAGAAGUUUUAAGAGGUGUUUUGAUUAGAACAGACUUGAUACUUUGGACCAUCUUCCUCCUUAA